AUGAAAUUCACCACUACCGCUCUGUUAACCCUCUUACCUGCCAUCUUGGCUGAACCCGCUCCAGCGUCUCCAAACUUCCAGAUUGGCAAAGCUGGUGCAGAACGAAACGUUGGCAUUGAAGCUAGACAAGUCGGUAGUGUUGUAGGUGAUGCGACCAGCGCUCUCGGAGCCGGUACCGGAGGACUGGGAAGUGUUAUCGGUGACGCCACCAGCGCUGUCGGUGCUGCUACUUCAGCAGCGGGAAGUGUCGUUGGUGAUGCUACUAGUGCUGUUGGGGCUGGUACCUCAGCAGCAGGAAGUGUAGCUGGACAAGCCACUUCGGGGGCUGCAUCGGUCGCUGGAGCAGGAACUUCAGCCGCUGCGGGGGCUACCAGUGCUGCUGGAUCUGCUGCCGCCGGUGCGACUUCCGCCGCUGGUUCUGCCGCUAGUGGAGCUACCUCUGCUGCUGGAUCUGCUACUUCUGCCGCUGCAUCCGGCUCAGGCUCGUCAGCUGGCCAACUGGUCUACUCCCCUGGAAUGUGGUCCGCCUUCCUUGGUGGUGCAGCUGCCAUUGGAGUAGCUAGAGUUUUAGCUUAA